GGUAUAAAGAGACAUGGAGAGAGACAGCCCUGUAUCCCAGGGACCCUGAGAAGAACAAGAUGAAAGCCAUUAUCCUGUGCGCUCUGCUAGCCGCCGUCAUGAUUCAGGGGGCUAAAUGCCUAGCAAUUGCAAAAAUAUCUGAUGAUGGAUCCGGAAUGGUUGAGCCAUGGACACCCAAUGGAAACAUUGAAGAACUGACUUCUGGGGAUUCAGAUAAAAGCAACACUGUCAUUGACAAAGAAUCCCUCCUUCGGGACGCAUUGCUCUUAGGUUUACUUCAGGGACAAGCGCCCAGGGCACCCAGUGAUAGCCCUGUAGAACUGACUUCUGGGGAUUCAGAUGGAAGCAACACUGUAAAUGACAAAGAAGCCAUUUUGCGGACUGCGUUGCUCUUAUCAUUACUUCAAGCCCAUGCGCCAGCGGCACCCAGUGAUAGCCCUGUAGAACUGACUUCUGGGGAUUCAGAUGGAAGCAACACUGUAGCUGACAAAGAAGCCAUUUUGCGGACUGCGUUGCUCUUAUCAUUACUUCAAGCCCAUGGUGAAGACUUGAAGAAACUCAAUGAUGGACAGAACUAAAAUGUAUCUACAGAACAUUGGAUGGAUCCUGGGCAAAAAUAACUUUUUUUGCUAGAAAGCACGUCCUUAACUUAUUUGACCAUUGGAUUCUAUCUGAAAUGUACAAUGUAAUAAAUGUUAAUUAUCCCAUUGA